AUGGGAGCAUUUUUAUCGUUGACUCUGCUCGCUGUUCUCAGCGCUGCCAAUGCCGCCCCUCUGCAGACUGGCCCAACUUGGUCAAGACCCAUUCCGGCACCCUCUGUCUACACUACCUGCGACACAAACAAGUAUAUCUCUGGGGCAGGUGAUACGUGUGCAUCUAUCAGCCAAAAGUUUGGUAUCACUGCGGACGAUGUUCUUGGAUACAAUCGGUUCUUAAACUGCAGCGACAUCUGGGUUGGAACGAGUAUUUGGAUUUGCCGUGAUUCUUCACCACCUACAGCUACCUGGUCUGGACUCAUCCCGACCCCCUCUAUCUACACUACCUGCGACACAAACAAGUACAUCUCUGUGGCAGGCGAUACGUGUGCAUCUAUCGGCCAAAAGUUUGGUAUCACUGCGGACGAGGUUUUUGGCUACAAUAGAUUCUUGAACUGCAAUAAUAUCUGGAUUGGCACAAGCAUUUGGAUUUGCCGCACAUCUUCGCCCCCUACGGUUUCUUCACCAGCGACCUGGUCUGGACCCAUUCCGACGCCCUCUUCCUACUCCACUUGCGACAUAAAUAAGUACAUUUCUGUGGCGGGCGAUACGUGUGCUUCUAUCGGCCAAAAGUUUGGCAUCACUGCGAACGAUAUAUUCAAAGCCAAUCGUAAGCCUUCUAUGUCCUCCCGGAUCUUUCAUUCUGGCUGA